AUGCGACCCCCUCGGCUCCUCUUCCUCGCUUUCUGCCUGAUCUUCUUCCCGAUCUUCCUUAUCUUCUACUCCGUCCUCACAACAACACCUCGAGUAUCGACACCUAGUUCGUUUGCUGGCCAGACGACAGGCCUACACGCUCUCUUCUCCUUCAACCUUCCCUCCUCGCUCUUUCCUCCCUCAGCCAUCAUCAGCCUUACAGAUGAGAACGCGACAUUUUUCCUAGCCAGACCUGCAGCGUUUGGUCCCCUCCUCCCUACCAAGGGACUCAGCGGGCAAUUAUGGGUUGCCAGCGGCUUUGGGGAGAGGUCCCCUGAGGCUGGUAUGGAGCUAGGCUGCUCAGAUAUUCCGGGUUGGGAAGAGGGUGACACACACGGGCCAACGGAGAACCGGGCAGGGAAGCCUAGCCUCGAUGCUCAAGACGCUGGCCUUACACAAAGUCAGCGUCAUGCUGAUUUCCUGCAGAGCGCUGAUACUCAGAGUGACGCACAUACCGGAGCCCUCCCUCCUUCUACGAACGACGGCACAGACGACCAUCUACACCACCCCCUUCGCGAGUCGGCCGUCAUCGACCCGAGCACAUCUGAAAAGAACAGGGACUCCCCGCAGAUCCGACAGAGUGCGCAUGCCGAUAUCCAAUCCCUGCAAGAGAGUGCCGAGAUUAGUGGUCGAGUCGUCCUGCUGAGCAGGGGUGGCUGUGGCUUCCUGGAGAAGGUCAAGUGGGCUCAGCGACGAGGGGCAGUCGCGUUGAUCGUGGGUGAUGAUACACGUGGGGGAAAUCUGGUUACAAUGUACGCUCGAGGCGAUACCUCGAACGUGACAAUUCCCUCAUUGUUUACGUCUUACACAACCGCUCACUUGCUCUCAUCCCUUAUUCCCCCGCAGGAUCGGGGAGAUUCUACUGGCGUCGAUGGACCUCCAGCGUUCGAUGAUUAUGAAAAAGACUCUACAACAGCUAUUUCUGCCCGUCCGUCACCGUCCUCUUCCCAAGCCGCCAAUGACAGUCCAGCUGCCGAGUCGGAGUCCGGAUUUUUCCAUACCUUGUUCUCAUUGCUAGGGCUAGGCGGUGACGGAGGAUCUGGCCGUCAAUUGGAAGAAAACAGACGGCCUCCUAGCAGUGGAAAUAUCGACUGGAUUCCAGUGAACCAUUGGGACGACCAGGAGAGCGAUGUUGACUCUGCGAAUUCGGCGGGUACCGAUAAUAAGAACCGCAAGAGUUCCAAAACGAACACCGGCAGCGCCGAAGGUGAUGGUUUCGUCAUUGGUGUGCAAGAUUGGCGUGACCCGGAUCUUGUUCCUGCGAAGAGCAGCGCCGUGGCUGUUCCAACGGAAACCGCUGGGUCGGAGUCUGCUCAGCAAAGUAACGAAAAGGGCACUCAGCCCACUGCAUCACUCAAAGGCGGUAGCAUCACACCUGGGAGCGGAGAAUAUCACGCUGUGGAGAAGCCAACCAACUCAGAAGACAACACUCGAAAGGAAUCUCGCAGCUCCACUAGCACUGGAUCGGAAGACGCUCCAAGCACUAGGCGCAACUGGUUUUACCGCCACAUCAUGGGCAAGGGGGACAAGACUGAGCGAUCCACAAGCGGCAGAACACAGCGGGCUCGUGAUGUGCCAAAGAAGCAGGUCGUCAAAACCAAGGAGCAUGACGGUUUAUGGGUCACGCUCACGCCGACGAGCAUGUCCACCAGCCCGUUUUUCGACACUCUACUUGUCCUUAUUGUCAGCCCGCUGCUUACGCUAUCUGUUGUCUAUGUUCUCCUGCUGCUCCGCUCGCGCAUCCGCCGACGCCGCUGGCGAGCACCCAAAUCCCUAGUUGAGCGCCUCCCUGUGAGGACGUAUCAUACAAUCCCCACCACAUCGUCGUCUUCAUCGAGCUCUAUGAGGUCGUUGAGCCCGGGGCCUGUCUCCCAGACGUCUCCACUUUUGGGGGCGAAGAGCGCGACGGAGCGUGUGCGCUCGCGGCCACAGCAGCAAGAGGCCGAAUCCAGGUCAUUCGAGUCGAGGAGAGAAAAGACGGGAACAUCUACUAUGUGGCGUCGGAAGUAUACCGGACGGCAAGUUGAGUGUGUUGUUUGCUUGGAGGAAUAUGUCGACGGGCAAAGCCGAGUGAUGAGCCUACCGUGCGGCCAUGAGUUCCACGCAGAGUGCAUUACUCCAUGGUUAACGACUCGUCGACGAACCUGUCCAAUCUGCAAGGGAGAUGUGGUCCGAUCCAUGUCCCAAAGCCAUCACCCGGAUCGCGAUGCCCCAGAGCCUGAAGGUCGUGCCGCCUCGUCAGCCCCCGUCCCAAUCACUGCAAUCAGCGAAGACGAAAUGUCAGACUUAGAGCGGCACGCAUCCACUGAUACCGGACUCGAGCAACAUGCGACUUCCACCCCACCAAGCUGGCGCAACUUUGCCGCACUCAGCUUUUCGGCCCUCAGCGGCGACACCAUCUGGCACCAAGGCAGGCCCGAUAACGAACACUAA